GGUAGGUUCCACAAUGGUACAGCCAGCAUCACGCUGCACAAUGGUUUCCAGGCAGUGAAAGAGCGUGAUUCAGCAAGCCACUCUUCCCCCCCUCCCCUUUUAUUUCAUUAUUAUCAGACAUUUUGCCUCCCCUUUUUCUGUUCUCUCCUACCCUCUCCCCCAGGCUUUUAUUCAGUUCUUUAAAGGAAAACAGUGAUUUACCUUGAAACCAACUGCCCAUCUUUUUUCUUUUUUUUUUUUUUUCUGUUAUUAUAAAUAGCCCCAUUUUUUUAUUUUUAUUUUUUUUUCCCUCGGCACUGUUUGGGAUGUGAUUUCAAAGCACCACCUAAAGUCGCAGUUUGGGGAAAAGCUUUCUGGACGAGGAGAACAGCUCGCAAGCAAGGAAUGGGCUAGUAUUAGAAACCUGCACCAACAGCAGGCCAGACUCAAAUAUCAGCUAUGGCAACCCAUGCAUGAAGUUGAUGCCUUUGAACUAUUUCCUAUAGAUGAGAGACAUAGCACAUGCUGUGCUGUCUUCCACUGGGACAGAGGUGAAACUCCGACAGACCGCGUUUGUUGAGCAGUGGUCCCCAGAUUUGCAGCUCGCCCCAGGAAGACCUCAGAGCAAUUGCAAGUGUGUCACCUGGACAAAAUGUAAAACUUCGCUGUCAGACUGUCCUACCCCUGGUAUUUAUGAGCCGCCAUUUCUUGUAUUAUUGUGGUGAACCUACUCUGGAUGUGAAGAUUGCCUUUUGUCAGGGAUUUGGGAAACAAGUGGAUGUGUCAUACAUUGCCAAGCAUUACAACAUGAGCAAAAGCAAAGUUGACAACCAGUUCUACAGCGUGGAAGUUGGUGACUCGACCUUCACAGUCCUCAAACGCUACCAGAACUUGAAACCCAUCGGCUCUGGGGCUCAGGGAAUAGUUUGUGCUGCAUAUGAUGCCGUCCUUGACAGAAACGUGGCCAUUAAGAAGCUCAGCAGACCCUUUCAGAACCAAACCCAUGCCAAGAGAGCUUACAGGGAGCUGGUCCUCAUGAAGUGUGUGAAUCAUAAAAAUAUUAUCAGUUUAUUAAAUGUCUUCACACCACAGAAAUCUCUGGAGGAGUUCCAGGAUGUCUACCUGGUAAUGGAGUUAAUGGACGCCAACCUGUGCCAGGUCAUUCAGAUGGAGCUGGACCAUGAGCGAAUGUCUUACCUUCUGUACCAAAUGCUCUGUGGAAUCAAGCAUCUUCACUCUGCAGGGAUUAUUCACAGGGAUUUAAAACCAAGUAACAUUGUAGUGAAGUCUGACUGCACGUUGAAGAUUCUGGAUUUUGGGCUGGCCAGGACUGCAGGCACCAGCUUCAUGAUGACCCCAUAUGUGGUGACACGUUACUACAGAGCCCCGGAGGUCAUCCUGGGAAUGGGCUACAAGGAGAACGUGGAUAUAUGGUCUGUGGGAUGCAUUAUGGGAGAAAUGGUUCGCCACAAAAUCCUCUUUCCAGGAAGGGACUAUAUUGAUCAGUGGAAUAAAGUAAUUGAGCAGCUGGGAACACCCUGUCCAGAAUUCAUGAAGAAGCUGCAGCCGACCGUGCGGAACUACGUUGAGAACAGACCCAAGUACGCUGGCCUCACUUUCCCCAAACUUUUUCCAGAUUCUCUCUUCCCAGCAGACUCAGAACACAACAAACUCAAAGCCAGCCAAGCCAGGGACCUCUUAUCAAAGAUGCUGGUCAUUGAUCCAGCCAAGAGGAUAUCAGUAGAUGAAGCCUUACAGCAUCCAUACAUUAAUGUCUGGUACGACCCAGCAGAGGUGGAGGCGCCUCCUCCUCAGAUAUAUGAUAAACAGCUGGAUGAAAGGGAACAUACAAUCGAGGAAUGGAAAGAACUCAUCUACAAAGAAGUAAUGAAUUCUGAAGAAAAGACUAAAAAUGGCGUAGUAAAAGGACAGCCUUCUCCUUCAGCACAGGUGCAGCAGUGAACAGCAGUGAGAGCCUCCCUCCAUCCUCAUCUGUCAACGACAUCUCAUCCAUGUCCACGGAUCAGACCCUGGCGUCGGACACGGACAGCAGCCUGGAAGCUUCUGCGGGACCCCUCGGUUGUUGCAGGUGACUAGCCGCCUGCCUGCGAAACCCAGCGUUCUUCAGAGGAUGAUGGAGCCCAGGAGGGAAACACCAUGGGAGCUAAGAGAUGAAAAGAAAGGGAAAUCAAGUACCAAGAUUUAAAGCGAAACAAACAAAGAAACAAGCGAACAAACAAAAAAUUCUUUUCAGCCUGCUUCUCCUACAGAGUUAUGUAAUGCAGCUAAGCUCAAGUGUGUAUUUAACUUAUAGUUGCUCUGCUUUGGUCUUCUUCCAGUGAUGCUUACUGGGGGGGAAAAGGAAAAAAGGAACUGAAAAAAAAUCCUUUUUUUACCCCCCUCCCCACAAGAUGUAAAAUGAAUGGCUGCAAAACCAGCAACCUGCAACUGUCUUUUUCACACUGGCAUGACAAGGUGUGCAGUAGCCACGCUCCACCCUACGAGUGUGUGUCUGCCUUCACUCCCUGCUCUGCCAUCUGCCCAGUGAGGCAGGCAGGGAUCUCCAUGCAUUUCUCCUCGCACACAGACAGCACAUACACACACAGGUGCCAACAGAACCCUGGCAGUGCCCUCAGCUGAGUGCCUGCACAUCUGCACAGGCACUUAGUGUGCUCUCCACAGCUAUACAUGGCCCAUUCCAGGCGAACUGCUUGACUUGCAUAUGGGAUAUCACAGUACACAUUCCAUCUCUUUGCUCAUUGAUGAGGUUGCAUACACUGGAUGAGGACUUGUGGAAGUGUAAAUAACCACACAGAACUGUGGCUCCCUCAGACACUUGAAGAUGUAGCACCAAAUUUCUGCUGAGAGUUGUAUAUAUCUUUUGAAAUAAUUAUCAGUUUUAUUGAAAGAAGAAGCCACAGAGCUUCAUAGAAAAAUGCUAGUUUGUGAAUGUUAAGACUUGUUCUGAUUUUUAGAGCAGAUAUGCCAAGAUAAGUCUGGUUUAGAAGGAAGCACAUGUAUCUUUUCAAGCUACAGGGAACAAGAAUGAAGGGGUUUUACGCAUGUCUAAGCCCAGAAAGGUAUCAGUAAGCAACUUUUUCUGUCAAAACUAAGUGAGUUAUCAUCUUAGGUCAUAGAUAGGCUCGCUAUUUUGAAGUACAUGUAUGUUUGUAAAUUAGAGGGUAUGACAGGGUUGGGGAAUGAGCAGGCUAUGAUCAAAAGGACAUGCACCAACUUGUUUUUAUUUUAUGUCUAGAUCUUUAUUAGGUUAGCUAGAGAAAGGAUAUUUGCAGUCCACUCCCUCUCAGUGUGUGUUUGCAGCUUAGAGGUUGUUUUCCCUUUUCACCAUUCCCUUGCAGGCACUUCUGCUACUCAGAGAGCAGGCAUUGGCUGGGGGCUUUUGGCUGUUCAUUUCCUCAUGACAAAUCAUUGGACUCCCCAGGAAGUUUUAGCAUCUGUGUUACAUGGAAAAGAACCACAGAGUGCAUGGGUCUCGUUUUCCUGUAUUCUAGCAGCCAAGGUUAAUCAAAGGUCAUUCAGCUCCUGUGCUGGGCUGGAAGGGUCACAGCCUGGGGUCUUGGGCAGUCUGGACAAGUUCUGAAGAACCCAACAGUGACUGAAUAUCAAAUUGAAUUUGCCAGGUAAUAAAGCAGAGGAUUUCCCGUGGUGAGGAACAGCAAGUGUUUUUUGUAGAUAAUGACAAAAUUCCACACAGAAUUUCAGAACAACCAAAUAUUUUUCCAGCCAAAACAGCAACUGACGUUUUCCACUGCAAGGUCAUCAUUAUCUGAGUUGGAAAUUAACUAAAAUCCAAGUCAUCUGUCCUUUUACCAAAGUAUGCCAUCUAAACUGAAAUGAGCUAAAUCCUACUCUAAUGAUUUUCCAAAUGCCAGAGAGAGAAACUGUUUAGACUAUGUUAGUGGAUAUUUUAAAUUCACUAAUUCUUUUGUAUUCAAAACUCUACCAAAAUAGGACUGUUCCAUUUGGUGGCUUACAAGCCUGCCAUUCUGUGUUAGGAAAAAAGAUUAGUAUCAAGUUAGAUUUUGUUCAAAGGGAAGAAAAAAACUUCUCUCCAGGGUGGGGAGGAGGGGAGAUAAAAAUUAAGAGGAUACAAAAUAAAAUCAGACUUGGUAAGUCUGAGCUGUAUCAGAGUUGCUGUAGGAAGUGGGGGUCUUUCCCUGGUUAUAUUUUUGGUAGAUUUUUAUCAAAUUUUUUUGAGAAUAAAAUUAGGUUGUUAAUGUUCUAAAAACUCAGAGCAGUAAUUUUAAAAGCAAUAAUUUACUACUGCUAAAUAUAUUUAGCAAUAUUCUCUCUUAAGCCAUGAAACAUCAGGUCAAUUAUUGAGUGAUGUAACUCUCACUCCAAAGCCAAUGAUCAUAAAAGUACUGAAAGGUUAACAGCAAAGCUCUGUAGGUAUGUAGGCAAUAACACCAAGGGUGACUUCUUAGCAAUAAUUAAAUCUAUCACCUCCAGAUUUAAUUCACCAUACUUACAUAUUAAUAAUAUUCAGGUAACUAGUAUCUACUUUACAUUCCUUAGUGUGCACCAUUUGGGUGUUUUAUUUAAACAAAGCUAAGUCUCAUCGAGGCAAAACUGCAAAAAUAUCACCAGUGUAGACUAGAAACUUGGAGCAGUCCCAGUUCAUUGCCAGGGAUGUUAUGGAGAUGUGGCAUAGGCAAUAGCAGAGAAGCCAUUUAUAGCAAAUGGAGACUUGCAGACCUCCCAUGUUUCAGGUCUUGAAGGCAAAUCUGUACUCUCAGUCCCAUGGCAGAAUUCAGUCCUGUUCGGGUUCAUGAGGGUGGGGUGGAGAAGCAGUCACCAGAGAAGCUGUCCUUAGGUCAGCACUGAAGGGACUCACAGCACAGGAGUUACAUAAUCAGCUUCAUUCCUGAUUCCAAGCACCAGAGCUUGUUCAAACAUAUAAUGGAGACUGAAGGAUGCUUACAAAAAUUUAACUAGCAUGUGCUUUUGUCCUUUGCUCAGCAGUGAUCGACAUCAGCAUGUGCUGAAGUGCCUUGCUGAAAUGGGGCCUGAAAGAAUUACUGCAUCUCUUUUUGUCCUCAAAUUAGUCUCCCUCAUGGGAAGCUCUGUCUGGGGGAGGAGACUUGGAGCUGUCCACAUUGGACACUAGAAAAAAUAAAAGCCAUCAAUGAAGGAAAGCAUUAGUUCUUUACAAUUCUGGUCCUGUAUGUCCAAACUGAAGUAGUGACCAUCGAGCAGGAACAGUAUCCUUUGUUUUGCUUUGUGCCAGGAAUUCAGUGCUGUCAGCUGAUACCUUGCAAUAACACAUGUACUCUUGAAGAAAGGAUCGUGGUGAUGAUGUUCUGAGGCUGUUUUAAGGGAAACCACUUUUUUUCCCUGAUUCUAGAAGAUUUGAUACUGUCCUCUAAAAGUCUGCUCCCCUUUAUUCCAAAAUUUGUUCAGCUUGAUAAUGAUAGAUUCUCUCCUUAAUUUUGCCAUUGAUCUUUUAAACCUUCUUCUGCUUAACACGUUACUAAGUAUAGUACUUUGACAACAAUUUUCACUUAAUUCUCUGAGGUUUGCCAUUGUAAGCAUUACUGCAACCACUCCAAGAUAUUUAGGCACCAAAGGGGCAGUCAGAGAGCCUGUGCCAGAAGUGGCAUAACCUCCAUCAUCCUGAAUGGCAGCUGGACACCUUGGCAUUUCUGAAAAUAUACCUAAGAGCCUCUUGGUAUCAUAAGUGCCUCAAUACCCAAGGAAAUUCUGUUCCAAGUGGCUCACCUAAGUCAUGUAUGAGGCGUCAGCAGGGUGAGAAGGAUGGCAUGAGCAUUAUCUGUCAGUGACUGCUCAGAGCACUAACUGCAUUGAGAAGGUAGAGAGGAAAGUUGCUGCAAAACAUCCCUGCUUUUUUUUUUUUCAGAUGGAGAACUUAGGGGUAGUACGAGGAAAAAAAAUAAAUAAGUCAGAACAGCCCUUGAAAGACCCUCCCUCCAUUUACUUUCUCAUUGCUAAAUUUAAAUGAGGAUGAGGCAUUGAUUUAUUAAAAGUUGAAGCAAGGUUAUGUAUGUUUUCAGUCCAAAAUUUUUGGCAAUUUUUGAAAACAGUCUUCAGAUACUGACUUGGUAGCUGCAAUAGCAUUUUGUGAGUUUUGACUGUAUUCCAUUACAGUAUAUCUUCAGAGAGUUCAGAUAUUUGAGUUGAUUUAUGUGAAUUGUAUUGUGGUUGAUGUUCCCUCCUCCUGUCUAGAAUUCCAUGGCACAAAUGCAUCCAUGAAUCAUAGCAAGUUUGCAUUACAUAAAACAGACUUAAAUUGGAGUGCAAGUAUGGCAGUGUGUCAAAAAAAAAAAAAAAAAAAAAAACA